CUCUCAUUCAGGAAGGUGUCCUGUGCCCUGACCCUACAAGAUGCCAAGAGAAGAUGCUCACUUCAUCUAUGGUUACCCCAAGAAGGGGCACGGCCACUCUUACAUCACAGCUGAAGAGGCCGCUGGAAUUGGCAUCCUGACAGUGAUCCUGGGAAUCUUACUGCUCAUCGGCUGUUGGUAUUGUAGAAGACGAAACGGAUACAGAGCUUUGAUGGAUAAAAGUCUUCAUGUUGGCACUCAAUGCGCCUUAACAAGAAGAUGCCCACAAGAAGGGUUAGAUCAUCAGGACAGCAAACUGUCUCUUCAAGAGAAAAAUUGUGAACCUGUGGUUCCCAAUGCUCCACCUGCUUAUGAGAAACUCUCUGCAGAACAGUCACCACCACCUUAUUCACCUUAAGAGCCAGCAAGACACCUGAGACAUGCUGAAAUUAUUUCUCUCACACUUUUGCUUGAAUUUAAUAUAGACAUCUAAUGUUCUCCUUUGGAAUGGUGUAGGAAAAAUGCAUGCCAUCUCUAAUGAUAAGUCAGUGUUAAAAUUUUAGUAGGUUAGCUAGCAGUACUAAUCAUGUGAGGAAACGAUGAGAAAUAUUAAAUUGGGAAAACUCCAUCAAUAAAUGUUGCAAUGCAUGAUACUAUCUGUGCCAGAGGUAAUAUUAGUAAAUCCAUGGUAUUAUUUUCUGAGAGAGAGAAUUCAAGUGGGUAUUCCUGGGCCAUCCCAUUUCUCUUUACUUGAAAUUUGGCUAACAACAAACUAGUCAGGUUUUGAAACCUUGACCAACAUGAACUGUACAGAGAAUUGUUCCAGGUGAGUCUGUACUAUGGAGUGCUCACAAAGGAUACUUCUACAGGUUUAAGACAGAGAGCUGAUUGGCCUAUUUAUCUGAUCAAGAACAUGUCAGCAAUGUCUCUUUGUGCUCUAAAAUUCUAUUACACUACAAUAAUAUAUUGUAAAGAUCCUAUAGUUUUCUUUUUUUUUUUUUGCGUAGUGGGAGGAAGUUUUGCUCUUGUUGCCCAGGCUGGAGUGCAAUGGCGCGAUCUUGGCUCACUGUAACUUCCGCCUCCCAGGUUCAAGCAAUUCUCCUGUCUUAGCCUCCCGAGUAGCUGGGAUUACAGGCAUGCGCCACCAUGCCCGGCUAAUUCUGUAUUUUAAGUAGAGAUGGGGUUUCUGCAUGUUGGUCAGGCUGGUCUCAAACUCCUGACCUCAGGUGAUCCGCCCACCUCAGCCUCCCAAAAUGCAGGGAUUACAGGCAUGAGCCACCACACCUGGCCAGACCCUAUAUCAUAGGUAAGACAUAUAAUGCAGUCUAAUUACAUUUCACUUCAAGGCUCAAUGCUAUCCUAACUAAUGACAAGUAUUUUCUAUUAAACCAGAAAUUGGUAGAAGGAUUUAAAUAAGUAAAAGCUACUAUGUACUGCCUUAAAUGUACCUAUGGCAAUUUAGCUCUCUUGGGUUCCCAAAUCCCUCUCACAAGAAUGUGCAGAAGAAAUCAUAAAGGAUCAGAUAUUC